AUGUCUUCAAAUCGCCGUAGAGAAUUUUCGCUGCGGGAAGAAGAAAUUUUUGAAGUCUUGAUGGCUGACAACAGCGACGAUGAGGAUGGUUUGCUCCUUGACGAAGAGGACCAAACAUUUUUAGCACAAGAUAUGGAUGCGGGUUUGUCUACUGUUGAAAUUGAACCCAAUUCAGCGCCUCUAGAAGACAACAUACUUGAAAACCAGCAACCCAGUGUUACUGCCCCAUCUUUUACCUGGCGAAAAAAUUCAUAUUCGCCGCACUGUUUUCUGGAGGAACAUGGAUAUGACUUCGGUGAAGUGAACAUUGGAGAUAGCACCCACACUUCUGAUGAGGGGCUGACUCCUGUCGAAAUUUUCGAUAAGGUUGCCGGAUUCGAAAACUUAGUUGAUCAGAUUAUAGUUCCUGAAUCAGUACGUUAUGCUGAACAAGGCGGUCGAUGUUUUAUUAUCAGUAAUGAAGAGGUCAAAGCUUUCUUCGGAAUGAAUUUUGUAAUGGGGUAUCAUUGCUUACCCACAUUUCGCAGCUAUUGGUCUACAGAUCCUGAUAUGGGAGUUCCGUACAUUGCUAAUGUCAUGCCUAUAAACCGUUUCGAAGAAAUACGUAGAAACUUACAUUUUAGCGACAAUUCUAAUGAACCGAGUAGGACCGAUCCAACUUAUGAUAGAGCAUUCAAAAUACGCCCCAUUCUUGAGCACUUCAACCAAGCUUUUCAAAGCGCUAUGACCAAUACCAAAAUCCAGGCAAUAGACGAGCAUAUGGUUAAGUUCAAAGGUCACAAUAUAAUGAAGCAAUAUGUCAAAAACAAGCCCAUAAAAUGGGGAUUCAAACUAUGCGGCCCUGAAACUGGAUUGGGUGAAUCGGUUGUGCUGCAAUUGCGUAAAGAUUUACAGGGUAUAGGUUGUGAAAUAUACUUUGACAAUUUUUUCAAUUCUCCUAAUCUUCAGUAUGAAUUGACGAAAAUGAAUAUAAAAGCUUGUGGAACAGUACGCUCAAACAGCAAAAAUAUUCCAAAAAACGUGCCAGCUGAUAAAAACAUGAAACGUGGAGACAUUUUCACGACCAGUAGCAAUGGAAUUUCGUUCAUAAAAUGGAUGGAUAACAAGGCUGUAUUUUUAUUGACAAAUUUCUUGUCUCCCAUAUCGAAAACGACAAUCAAGCGGCGGGCUCAAGGUAGUGGUGAGAAGAUGAAUGCUCCAUUUGAUGUGAAUGAUUUGUCCGCUGUAGUUUCACAAAUACUUACAUCCUUCCAGAAGGAUUGCGGGCUAAUCCAACUACUUUUAAAAACAUUUUUUUGCAGAAGGAAGAUUACACUAAAUGAGUUGUUAGACAUCAUUGAAACCGCAGACGACGAUGACAUUCCUGAUAAUGGAUUAGAUGUUGCAGUUUUACCCCCAAUUAAUUGUAAUGAUGAUGUCACUGAUGAAGAUUCUGGUGAGGAAGACAAUCCUACGAUCAACAAUUUACAUGGCAGUCAACUUUGCGCGGAAGCCGUUCUCCUCAACAAAAAGAAUUAUCAAUGUGUUGUUGAAGAUGUCGAUGAAACCGAUCUACCAGAAGAAGUUGCCUCUACGGUGAAUAUUGAAGGAGGAGGGCGUAAAAGAACUACCUCAGCAUCAGCAAAUUGUCCGCCCUCCCAAAAGAAAGAAAGCUAUUCGUUGUUAUAG